AUGUCUAGCACAACUAUCACCAAUAACAACCCACUUGGGGUUGCCGAGGAUUUCAACGUCAGCUCUGAUCUACCACUCCAACUGGCAUCCUCUUUACGACAGAACACAGUUUCUAUCACACCAUCUGUGUCCACGUCAGCAUCUACUGUAUCUGAAUCAUCCCAGACAUCUGUUACACCAUCUGAACAAGGAGACACUGAUGCAACACCUGGAAGCAACACCAUCUUUGGCAUUUCUUUUCCCUCUCCUCCUCCUCCCAAGACUUCAGUUGAGAACUGUGGUGGCAUCUCUGUUUCAAGCAAACCACCACCUAAAUCUGGCUGGACAGGAGAAUACUCCGAUCCUGGUACCCCCGUCAAUGGGACGUCUAAGCUUGAUUGGACAGGAGAAUACUCUCAGUCCGAUCCUGGUACCCCUAUCACCAGUAUGUCUAAACUUGGUUGGACGGGAGAGUACUCUACCUCUGGUGUCGAGCCUGAAUAUUUGAUGGCAAGACUCAGCACUGUGGCAAACAAGUCAGAGGAUGAGCCUGAUAAAGCCCAGAAUGAAGACGAAGAGACGUCUUCUGGGGAGAGCUCGGAGACCGAAAGGGAUUCCACUGCUUCCAUUGUCAGAGGUAUCAAUUCUGAGGAAGAAGAGGUAGCCAAGUUGGCACGUCAGGCUGUCUGGCGCGUGACUCCCCGCUCAGUUAUGGAAUCUCUUGACAUUAAGCAAGUCAAGUCUGGCGUGGUCACUAUCACCAACUCGGUAGCCCAGCCUCAAUCUGCUGUUCUAUGCAACAUUGAGGAUGAAUUAGUUCCCGAAGCUAGAGAGACAGUAGUAUUCUCUCCUACUGGGGCAAAUUCCACAAAAGAUGCCGAAAUUGUCAAGAGAGAAAAGACUGGUACCAUGGGUUGCAUGGCUUCCUGCAUGAGUGCCUUCAAGAUGGGUAGCAGGUCCAAACCCCAGGUACCAGUCAACCAACCCAAGCAUGCCACUCUCUUACCUGGAAAGUCUUGUCUCAAGCCAACUUCUUCUCUGGCCGGCACAGUUCUUGAUAGAACCGAGGAAGACAGUCCUAUUCAGCCUGUCCCAGCACCCAAGACCCCAAAAGGCGCAAAGGUGACUUUCAAACUAGACGAGGCAGCCGAUGGUGACGAGUCCAAGCCCAGGCCCAGGCCCAAGCGCAAGUCUAGGUCUCAUUUCAACUUCAACAUUUUGUCACAGCUCUUUAGCAAAAAUAGCAAUGAGGACACACAAGACAGGUCUGAUGAGGAAGAAAUCGAUGAUCCAGAUUCACCAUUUGCAGCACAAGACUUGGAAAUACAACGCCGUCUUGCAAGGGCUGACGUUCACCGCGACGCAAAUGAACGCACUUCUAUCCUUCGAGGCGCGCUGGACUUUCUCUUGGUUGUCUGCGAUAGAGUCGACACUGUUGCUGCUGAUCGCAACAGCGACCUCUUGAACAAGACGGGGGAUAGGUGUCUUGGGAGCUAUACUGGUGAAGAAAAGGAUCACGUGAAUCCUCAUCAAUAUGCGAAUAAAGUUGAUAAGAGACUGUACCGUUCCAAGGAGACGGCUAUGUCUUAUUCGAGAAGACGAUAG